GUAUGAGAUCAGAAAAAGCGUGUAGGAGUUGCUCAGUUCAAACGCUGAUGAGGUAGCCCAAGCACGAGCAUCAUUUCCGUAGACGCACAGUUUACAACCAUAGAGGGGUCACUAAAACAUAACCCAGUGGAUUGGGAGUCACAUAGGUCAGUAAACGAAGACACGGGCACAUUUCCUCGGCUGGGGUGGAAGAGCGACGGCUAAAGACUGCUGACUAGAAGACGGAGCCACAGAGAGAAACAGCCAUGACAGAAUACUACCAGAUCUUAGGGGUCCAGAGAAACGCGUCGGCGGAGGACAUUAAAAAAGCGUACAGAAAGCUAGCACUCAAGUGGCAUCCAGACAAGAACCCUGACAACAAGGAGGACGCAGAGAGAAAGUUCAAAGAGCUUUCAGAAGCCUAUGAGGUCCUGUCAAACGCAAACAAGAGGAACCUGUAUGACCAAUAUGGUAAAGAAGGCCUAACAGGAAGCGGAGGGGGAGGAGGAGGGCAUUAUCACAACGCUGAUCACUUCGGUGGUGGGUUCACAUUCCGUAAUCCAGAAGACGUCUUCAGGGAAUUCUUCGGGGAACGAGAUCCAUUUGCAGAUUUCUUCGCGGACGAUGACUUCUUUGGCGGGGGUCAAAGGCAGCAAGGGGUGAGCCGGAGCAGGACCGGGGGACCCUUCUUCCACGAUUUCGGAGGCUUCCCCCCCUUCGGGGCAGGCUUCCCAGUGUUUGAUUCAGGUGGGCCUCCCCUGCAGCACGGUUUCACUUCGCUGGGGCAUAUGGGUGGAGGGGGCUUUGCCACGUUCUCCUCUUCAUCUUUCGGGGGUAGCGGAGGAGGAGGAGGGGGGAUGGGCAACAUCCGCUCAGUAUCCACCUCUACCAAGUUCAUCAACGGCAGAAGAAUCACCACAAAACGGAUUGUGGAGAACGGCCAGGAGAGGGUGGAGGUGGAGGAGGACGGUCAGUUGAAGUAUCUAACCGUCAACGGUCUGGAAGAGGAGGACUGGCGACAGAACGCUWUCCCUGGUCCCCCCUCCCACCAACGCUACCUGAGGAACACCUCACAGAACCCCCUGGAGGAAGACGAGGAGUGCGGCCUACAGAGCCUGGGACUCGCCAGAGGUGUGUCCCCCAACCUAGUGUUCUCUCCCGGGGAGAAAACGUCUGCUGUGUGGAGGUCGCAUAGAGAGACCCAGGAACAGGCCGGUUGUGAAAUGUUUUGAUGCAAAUGUGCUUACAUAAAGGUCAUUGGUAGCUGUGAGCUGUCUAGAGACUAAGGACAGGUGUUCUAGAGUAGACUGUAAAGCACUUUGUUAUAACUGCUGAUGCACAAAGGGCUUAUAAAGUACAUAAGAACAUUGGUGGAAAAGUAC